GAAAUUUCCUUCUUUUUUCUUCACAAUGAUAUAAACAGUGGAACUAUACGGCGUGUUCUAAAUUCCAUCUUAAGGAUAAAUAGUUAUUAGUUCCACUCCAUCUUCAACUCAAAAUUUCUCUUUCUCCCUCUCAGUUUCUUCAUUUCCGACCACCUCUGAAAUCUUUGAAGCCAACGGCUUGAAAUGAGUUCAAGAAAGAGACUGAUCAGAGAAUUCACCGGAAUUCUCAAAGACAAAGCCUCAAUAAUGAAAGCCUCCCUAACAACAAGGAGCACCGAUUCAGCAAUAAAGGUAGCCAUCCUCCGGGCAACCACCCACACAUCCGCCGCUCCACCGCCGGAACACAGACUCGAAUACGUCCUCACCCUCGGCAGCACCGUCGCCCCACUCGCGAGCGCGUGCGUAGAUUCCAUCAUGGAGCGCCUGCACAAAACCCGGAACCCGCACGUGGCGCUCAAAUGCCUCUUGGUCUUACACCACAUCCUCGCCAACGGUUCCUUCCUCUUCAAGCAACAGCUCUCUUACCAUCCUUCCAACGGCGGCCAAAACUCUCUCAAGCUCACGAGGUUCCGCGAAAACCGACACGUCAGCAGCGGGGGCGACGUCGAGGAUCGGGAACUUUCCCAAUGGGUCCGAUGGUACGCUAGUGUUUUGGAACGUAACCUAAUUUUGUCGCGGAAUUUAGGAUGUUACAUCGACUUCGUUAGUAGCAGUAACGUGACAAAUUCGAAAAACCGUUUUUCGAAUUUGUCACGGUCGAUUAAGGAGAUAGAUUGUUUGGUUUCCAUGGUCGAAGAAAUUUGUGGAGCACCGGAAUCGUUACACCAUCAAAAAGUGGAUUUGGUGUACGAGCUUAUGUUGUUAGUGAGUGAAGAUUACCGAGGCACCCAAUAUCACAUCAUUGCGAGACUCGGUGAGUUGGGAUCGAACCGGGUGAUCGAGGAGCUGAGUUCGGAUGACUCGGCCGAGUUGUUGAGUUGUUUGAAGAGGCUUGAAGGGUGUAAGGAGAGGCUUACGGAGAUGUUCGCCAACAGGAAGCGAAACGAUGCGUUUUGGAGGUUGGUUAGUCAAGUUAGAAAGGUAAUAGAAGAGGUCAAUGAGAAGAGGGAAAGAGAAAAGAUGGUGGCUUGGAAAAGUGGCGAUGCGAAUUCGAAAAACGUGGUUGAGUUAACUCGGAAUGGUGGACGAGUUAAAGGAGCGAGUCAUGGUCACCAUCAUCAUCAUCAGGCGAUCAAACUCUUGCCGUACGAUCAGUCCGGUCAAUGGUUAACCGUAGUAAGGGUCUAACUCACAGUGUUUUUGGCUGUUUCUUCUCUAUUUCCUCCUUGGUCUGCUUGCUUGGCCGCGGAAGGUUUGUGUCCGAAAAUGACAGUGUUCUUAUUCUUGUACAUACGGGGUGGUUCUAAACUUCUUAUACACAACAGUAAAAUAAAUUGCUUAAUUUGCAACUUUUGUACAUAUUUUUGGGAUGAACUUUAUUGAGCUCUUUAAGUUUAUUGAAUCUAAUGAGCAAAUGGUUCAAAGGUUUGUGUACGCAUUUCUUAUGUUUCAAUUUUAAUAUAAUUUGUAUUAAAAUGAAAAUUCAAACUGAAUUAUUUUUUCGAGAUAAAGAGAGUUGAUACUUUUUUCGUCCAAAAUGAUUAUCUUAAUUUUGUAAAUUAUUUUCAAUAUAAUAAAAAAGAUAGUUAUUUUAAAACGAAAGAAGUACUAUUCGAUAUGAGAAACUAAUUAAGUGCGGUUGAGGAUGUAUACAAUGUGUGUGUAUAGUCCGUUGAUAAGAGUCUUUCUCAACACUAUUCUGUAUCCAAA